UUUUUUUUUUUAAAUUAAACUUGAAAAAAAAAUCGAAAAUUGUUAAUUGUCUGCUAACUUCAGGAUUAUGUACAAAUGUAAAAAUACACGCACAUGUCAUGAGUAUAUGUAAUAAUUAUUUAACAAUUAAAUGUUAAAAAAAAAAAAUUUAAUUUAUUGGACGAUACAGUAAUUCUUUUCAAUUGUAAAAUUUAAAAAUCGUCAUGAAUGAUUUGUCAAUAAAAGUAUCUAUACAUUUUCCAACUGAACGAGAUGCUGAAAUAGCUUAUCAAGUAUUAAGAGUUGACAGUGAACCUAAAAGAAGCGGUGUCUCAAAAACUUUAGUAGUAAACAGUAAUAUUUUAAACGUGGAUUUCAUCGGCAAAGAAAUCAGAAAAAUAAGAGUUGGCUUAACAUCAUUUUUUGAUAGCCUUACAUUAGUAACUGAAACUAUGAAGGAAUUUGAUUCUCGAGAAUCAAAUUACAGUUUUUAUUAAUUUAUAAAAAAAAAUAA